ACCAAACGAAACCGAGGCUUGUCUGAGCGUGCAAAGAUGGAAGACGGAGACAUACAAGACAGAUUUGACGAUGAAAGUCAUCCACAGGAUCGACCAGAUGAUUAUGGUGGUGGCUACAAUGAUAACUCGGGUUAUAAUGAUUAUGAUGGAAGUAAGCAAGGUCGAUUUCCGGGACCACGCGGCCCAGGACCAAGAGGAUACAACAUGCGCGGUCCACCCCGGCCUUUUGGAAGAGGACCACCGCCAAGGUUCAGAGGGCCACCAGGUAUGAGAGGCCCACCUCCACCAGGAAUGAGGGGACCAAUGAGAGGUCCAGGUCCAAGGGGCCCUCCUCCCCCACACUUUGGUGGUAGGCCACCAUUUGAUCCUAACUAUGGUCCCCCUCCAGGUCAUCAUGGACCUCCUAUGGGCCCUCCAAUGGGUCCUCCACCUCCAGGUAUGGGACCACCACCUCCAGGAAUGGGGCCACCAGGCAUGGGACCUCCUCCAGGAAUGAGACCACCUGGGCCAGGACCAUCAAUGCCACCGUCUGUUCCACCGCCAAACUUCAGUGUUCCCCCACCUGGUUUUAUGCCUCCAAUGGGAGGACCGCCUCAGAACCAGGGUGAUCCGGGGCUACAAGAGCUUUGGGUUGAAACUAAGACUGCUGAAGGAAAAGUUUAUUUUUAUAAUGCAAAAACAAGAGAAUCAGCUUGGACAAAACCAGAAAAUGUGAAGAUUAUCACUCAAGCCGAGGUAGAACAAAUGGCAGCUCAAAGUCAGCAGGCUGUCUCCACGACAACAGGACCAACAACAGCAGCACAAGCUGCACAAGCACAAGCACAAGCAACUUCACAGCCAGAUGUUCAGCAGCAGCCCCCUAUUGGAGGUAUGCCUCAGCAGGGUGCCCCAGGACAGCCACCACCAUUCAUGCCACAGAAUAAUUACCCAGGAAUGCCAGGAGGGUUCACACCAAGUAUGGUACCACCGGGAAUGGCUGGUUUCCCUGGUCCAAUGCCAGGUGCUCCGGCCCAACAACCUGCACCACAACAAAUUCCGGCACAGACUGGCCCAGAUACAUCUGUAGUUGCCCAUAAACUGCCUUCCAGUCAGCUUCCACCAAAGCCACCGGAGGUUGCAGAGUGGACCGAGCACAAGAACACAGAUGGACGGUCCUACUACUACAAUUCCAAGACUAUGGAAUCAACCUGGGACAAACCACAGGAGUUAGUAGACUGGGAGGCCAAAAUAGCUGCACUUCAGACCCCUGCGGUACAAGAACCAGAGCCCAGCAAGGUUAAUGGUCAAGCUGCAAUGGAGACAGGCGGCGAUGAUCAUUCUAGUUCAGGGAGUGAUGAAGAAGAGGAAAAACAGGAGGAGGAGAAAGAUGAAAAAACAGAGCAGGAAAAACAACAGGAGAAAUCUCGUCCUGUAUCAAGCACACCUGUGUCAGGUACACCAUGGUGUGUUGUGUGGACAGGUGAUGGUCGAGUCUUCUUCUACAAUCCUAGUACAAGGACAUCGUUGUGGGAAAAGCCUGAGGAACUGCAGGGCCGUGCUGAUGUUGAUAAACUUACUGUUGGUCCUCCUGGAGAAAAGACUGCAGCCCCCAAAGAGGAAGAAACAGAGGAACCAGUUGCGAAAAAGAAGAAACCCAAUGAAGAGAAGACGGAGGAGGAGAAGAAGCCUAUAGACAACAGUAAGGAGGCUGCUAUAGAGGCAGAGGUACAAGCAGCCAGACAGAGGGCAGUUGUUCCAUUAGAGAUACGCAUGAAACAGUUCAGAGAUAUGUUGGCAGAGAAAGAUGUGUCAGCAUUCUCUACAUGGGAGAAGGAAUUACACAAGAUCGUCUUUGACCCAAGAUAUCUUCUACUUACAUCCAAAGAGAGGAAACAGGUAUUCGAGCAGUAUGUGAAGGAGAGGGCAGAAGAGGAAAGGAGGGAGAAACAUCGCCGACUGAGGGAGAAGAAAGAUGCCUUCCGACAACUGCUGGAUGAAGCAAAACUACACGGAAAGUCAUCAUUCAGUGAUUUUGCAAGCAAGUAUGGCAAAGAGGAACGAUUUAAAGCUAUAGAGAAAAUGAGGGAGCGUGAGGCUAUCUUCAGUGACUUUGUGUCAGAUCUUAGACGAAAGGAAAAGGAGGAAAAAUCUCACCAGAAAGAGAAGUUGAAAUCGGACUUCAUCAGCCUUUUAAAGGAGACUUCAGACAUAGAUCGUCACUCUCGCUGGAGCGACAUUAAACGUAAAAUAGACUCUGAUCCUCGUUACAAGGCUGUAGACAGUAGCUCCAGACGAGAGGACUGGUUUAAAGAUUAUGUGAAAAAUCUGGAUGAUAAGGAUUCAGAUGAUGAGGAUCGAAAGACAAGAGAGAAACAGGAACGUAUUGAGGCUAGUAUACGUAAACGUGAGGAGGAGGUACAACGAACACUGUCUUCAUCACUCAGGGAGCGAGAGAAAGAAAGGGAACAGCAUAAGAAGGACGAAGCCAUUCAACUCUUCAAUGCUUUGUUGGUUGACCUGGUGCGUAACUCGGAGGCUACAUGGAGAGAUACCAGGAAGCAGUUGCGUAAAGACCAUAGAUGGGACCUGGCUGUACUGGAGCGUGAAGAGAAGGAAAAACUGUUUGAAGAACACAUCUCUGCUCUGUCAAAGAAAAACAGGGAGAUGUUCCAUAAGCUACUUGAUGAAACAUCAGAUAUUACACUGUCAUCAUCCUGGAAGGAUAUCAAGAAACUGAUCAAGGAAGACCCGAGAUAUUCCAAAUUCUCAUCCAGUGAUAGGAGACGUGAGAAAGAAUUUGACGAUUAUCUACGUGAGAAAUAUGUAAAUGCUAAAGCAGAAUUCCGAGAACUACUGAAAGAGACAAAACUCAUCACAUACAACUCGAGGGCAAAACUGCAAGAAUCUGACAGCCAUAUGAAUGACAUUAUCAAAAUAUUAGAGAAUGACAAGAGGUACCUAACGUUAGAGCCUGUAGCUGAUGAACGUCGUAAGAUACUAAUUGGUUAUAUAGAGGAUCUUGACAAAAAGGGAGUUCCCCCUCCACCAACAGCAUCUGAGCCUUCAAGGAGAAACGUGAAAUGAGAACAAGGGAAGUUAGGAUAACCAUUUAGGGACUUGCUAUUUAUUCUGUGCAAGUGGGCUUUGAAAUCCAUACACAGUCCGUUGGUGCAAUUUAAGGAAGGUGCAAACUUACUUCUGGGAAUUAUUUAAUUACAUUACCAUAAGGCAUAAAGGCAUGUUGUAAAGAUUUUAUAUGAAUGCCUAAUUUUAUGCCCUGGGAACACAAUUUUAAUUUGUUGUAUUUUGGCCAUGAACAUGUGCUGUAUUUGUGAAAGAUGUCUUGCUUUUUGCUGUUGCAUACAUUAGUUGUUACUCAUAUGAUGAACAGGAAGUCACAAAUUUUAAUGGAAAAGUAGAUGUAUAUAAUGUGUAAAUAUUUAUUGUAUGAUAUGGUUUUUAGAUCUAGCCUUAUACAAGAACAUGGUUCAAUAUGGUACUAGUAGACAAGUGUGGCUUUGUGCUGGUACUAAGCGUUUGAUUUAUAUCGGAUAAUUAUGUCUUCAAAUUUUAUGUUUUAUCGCUUUUGAUGCCAUUGUAUGUUUAAUGGUUAUUUUAUCUACAAAUAAAUGGCCAUAAAAGAAACAA